AUGACGACGCCGACGCCCCGGCAUCUCGAAACAGUGCAGGAGACAGUCGAGCGUGAACGAUGCGAGCAGUGGACCGACGAACUUUUCCGCACCUCGCCCAUGGUGCGGUUCAUGGCCAAGCAUCUCACCUUGCUCGACUGUAACCCUCUUUCCCCGCUCCCCAGUCCCCCUUCCACAUCUACAUCCACUUCCACAUCACCAGCCGCAACACCACCACCGCAACAGCCGAAACUAGUGAUCGCACCGUGCCCACCAUCAAUAGCGGGCGGCUUCUCGCCCUCGCUGCCGUCGGAACCGACGAGCCACUCGUCGAUCCUGCUGUGCUCGAACCGGAUCUACUCCAAGUCGCAUCUGGAAGACACGCUGUCGCACGAGAUGGUGCACUGGUUCGAUCACUGCCGCUUCCUCGUCGACUGGUCCAACCUGCGCCAUCACGCGUGCAGCGAGAUCAGGGCGGCCAGCUUGAGCGGCGACUGCGGUUUCGCCAGAGAGCUGAAACGCAGAAACUACGGGUUCAAACUCCAACACCAGAACUGUGUCAAGCGAAGAGCGGUGCUUAGCAUCUUGGCGAAUCCGGCGUGUAACGGUGAUAGGGAAAAGGCGGAACGGACUGUGGAUGAGGUGUUCGAGAGCUGCUUUGGCGAUACCAGGCCGUUUGACGAGAUCUACUAA